CAUCCGACAGAAGACGUACCCUAUGAGUUCACACAGCCGAUCGUCAGGCCGGAUGUCGUCAGUGAUCAUGCAGAGACGCACGAGCAGGUUCUCAAAGCCAGACUCGGUAAAGAGGUUUUAAAUAACAAACAGGCUCCGACCAUCGAGGAGCUCAGUAAGAUGUUUUACACCACCAAACACCGCUGGUACCCCGUCGGACAGUAUCACUCCAGACGCAGAAAGCCAAAUCCACCCAAAGACCGAUAGUCCUGGUCUUCUCUAAUGUUCUUUGUACAUGUACUUCUGCACAUUAAAUAAACCCUUCCUUCAGCUAUU